AAGUGAUAAGUUGACAUGGGUAACACUAGCUCGGGACAGGGGCCCGCGCGGCACAGCAGCAAGGGCAGGAAGUCCAGGAGUUUGCCAACAUCGCCUGAAGUUAGGAGGCAGGUGUCGGUUCUGCAGACUUCCAUCCCUCUGCCUGCGUCGGCGGCGGCUGUGAGACGUGCUCCGCCGGACAAACGACCUUUGCCAGCCACCCCCGUGCAUUCAGGAGGAAAAACUGGACUAUCAGCAAGUUCAAGCCGCUCCACGAGCCCCCUGGGACAGGGAGCAGUAAGUUUCAUUCCGCGGGCACCAACUUCCUCAUCCGGAUCACGGCCGAAUUCGUCGUUGCUGGCGCCUGGAACUAAGAUCCCGUCCACUUUACAGUCACAGCAACAUUCUCAAACAAAUACCAAUCAAAAUGGAACUCCGACCAAGCAUUCCAUGCUGGAUAAAUUAAAACUUUUCAAUAAAGACAAAAUCAGCAGUGAAAAACAAAAUAGUAAAAGUACCGCAGUGUCAAAACGUACAAGUUCUUCCAGUGGUUUUUCUUCCGCCAAAAGUGAGAGAUCAGACUCAAGUUUAAGUCUUAAUGAAUCCUCUAAUACGGCAAAUAUACAUAUCAAAUCUUCAAAUUUAUUGGGACCUAAGAGUAUUAGGCAACAACAUGAUACCCUAUCAAAAGAUAAGUCUGGAAAAAAUGUUAAAUCUAAAUUAAUUAGUUCUAAGGCACCUAAAGAAUCAUCUGCAAACGUUGGUAAAACUAGUACUAAAACUAGUACUGAAAAAUUAAAAAAUAGUCCAAAACUGCCUUCUCGUGACAAAGAAUCAAAACUGGCGGCUCCUAAAUCUGUAAGCAAUACCAAAUUAAAUCAGAUCGAUGAUCAUUCGAGAAGCUCUAGAUCAAAAAUGGAGUCAAAGGUGGUUAAACUAUCAGGAAGUCAGGUCAAACUAACUGAACAACGAAAUGAUACCUCGGAACCUAAAGUUCAAGAAAAUACAUCUCAUUCCAAAUCAGCUGUGAGCCAAUCCCAAACAAUAUGUUCAGGACAAAACAUCGGGUUGGUAAAUCAAACUGGAAUUCCAAAACCAACUGCUGCGGUAAAAGGAACUUUUAAAAUAUCUAAAGAAGAAAGGCAUAUUAUACAUAAAAGUACAAAUAGUCAAUUAAGUCCUAUACAAAGCAAUUCUAGUUUAAAUUCCACGAAUAAUAUAAGUGCACUUCCUUUUAAUAGAGAACAGUCCAAUUUAGGCAAGGAAAUAUCUCAAAAGCAAACAUUGGCCGUGUCUCCGAUGCCAGUAGUAACUGGAAAUCAAAACCCAUUAUCGCAGAUGUCUGAAAGCUCUCAUUCGAAUUCGACACACAGUACUACAGGACAACAUUCAAAUUCAAGUGACAGCAGCGUUAUUUACCGUCCGUCAAGCGAAUCUGGUUCAGAGAUAUCUAAAGCCCCAAAUAUUAAUAACAAAAGACUGGAUAUGAACUCUGCCUAUUUAAGUAACGUUAUUUGCGAAGCAGAAAUAUCUGAGAAAGAAGCAGCUCAAAAACGUUUAAACAAUUCAGUGUCAAGGCAAAACUAUGAUGGUAACAAAACUUUAACUGAUUCAAACCGAAAGCAAGAGACUGAUACAAGAUCGAGUACGCCUUCUCAUUGUCGAGAUAAUUCUCUUGGGGAAGAUGAAAAUCCCUUAAUGAAUGUUUUACCAAUGAGACCUUUGCUUAGAGGCUAUAACAGUCACUUGACUUUACCAAUGAGAACAUCUGGUUUAACGCAAAAAAACAAUGCGGGAUACCCGCAUCAUGCCAAUACCGUAAAAGCAAAUUUCGGUAGAGAAAAUAUGGGUUUGCGUGACCGAAUGAAUUAUGGACCAGGUUUUUCUAAUCCAGAUUAUUGUGAUCUUGAAAUUGCAUCUGGAUAUAUGUCUGAUGGUGAUUGCUUAAGGCGAAUCAAUAUUAAUGAAAUAGAUUGUGGACGAAAUAAUGAUGUCAUGGAUGGUUACAUGUCAGAAGGUGGAGCAUCGCUGUACGGUCGUCGGAUGAAUUAUCAACAGUCUACAAACUUUCAACAAGUUGAAGAUAGACGCAGCGGAGGUCGCAAUAGAACUAUGGAGGGAAACGGCGUGGUGUACAGAGUGGUUGGUCGAACUCGCAACAAGGCAGACUGUGGUCAGCAGACGGAACGGCAACCGGCGCGACAGGACUCCACCUGGAAGAAAUAUACAGAAUCGCCUGGGAAUCAACCAGCGCAGGCGCCCCCUAGCCCGUCUCAUGGUCGCAAGGGAGAGAGAAGGACUGGGCACCACUCUCCCCAACAUCACAAACGAGAGAAACUAACUGCUGCUCAGCAGUUGGGCAUAGCGCCUCACCCUCAGUAUGCAGCGUCAUCUAAUUCUUCUAGUCAACAUUCUUCAAGAGGCGGAUCGCAACUUCAAUCUCCAAGUGGUCCUUCGUCUCGACCAUCGAGUGUCUCCAGUGGUGGCAACGGCAGUAGUUGCUCCUCAAACAAGGCGAAGGUUCCUCAGAACUUCGGCUAUGUGAAGCGGCAGAACGGGGCUCCUCAACCCACGCCACAGUCUAAUGGGCCACCGCCACAACACGGGCAUAGCGGAAGAACAGCUCAAGUUUCUGCCGUGCCAAGAACUAAAGUAAAAGUUUCUGGUGGAACACAGACCUGUACACAAGAUCUCCAAAUACAUAAAAAUGGGAUCGGACCUAAAUCUUAUUCUCUUGGAGGCACAGCCGCAGCGCAGCUGUCAGCGUCAGUCAGGGAACGACUGCUCGGAUCCCAGUCAUUGCCCAAGCCUGGAACUCAUGAGUUUGCUGCGCUAUUCCAUCAUCACAGGAUCGCUCCGAGAGGCGGAAUGAAGAUCAGUGAUGGCAGUCUGUCUGACACCCAAACGUAUUCCGAGGUCAAGUCUGACUAUGGAAUACCGUAUGCACCUUGGUUGAGACACAGCAACACAUACUCCGCGAGCGGGCGCCUCUCCGAAGGGGAGUCCAUGGAGUCUCUCACCUCGUUGCAUUCGUCGGCCCACAACCACACCUCCUCCCCUAACUCACACCACCGCAGCUCACUCACUCACAAUAAGCUCAUCAUGCACCGAGACGCUCAGGGCUCCAGGCUUAACAGGAGUAACAGCAUUAGAUCAACAAAAUCAGAGAAAUUGUAUCCGUCAAUGCUGCAAAGAUCAUCGGAGAGUGAUUACGAACCUUAUUAUUGCUUGCCGGUGCAGUAUGGACCAGGUGGACAAGGUCUAAACUAUGGUGUUUCGGAACCACCGUCGCCCUCCCCGCGAUCGGCCCUCAGCCCCACGCACCAGCCCGGCAAUGUAUUGCACACACCGAGACAUUCCCACCAUUACCCUAAGAAAAAUGAUGAUGCUCACGGUUCCACGGCAUCGUUGGUUUCCACUGCGUCCUCACUGGCGGCUGGAGCGGGUUCUGACGAGAGACAUGCACACGAGGUGCGCAAGUUAAGACGAGAACUGGCUGAUGCCAAAGAAAAAGUGCAUACGCUGACCACACAACUAACAACCAAUGCCCAUGUGGUGUCGGCGUUUGAACAGAGUCUCUCGAACAUGACGCAAAGACUGCAGCAGCUCACAGCCACAGCCGAGAGAAAGGACUCUGAGGUGACGGAGCUACGACAAACGAUAGAACUGCUUCGGAAGCAGUCUAUCCAGGCCGGCCUUACUACGGCCCAUAUGCAAUCUAUGGGCAUCCGAGCAGAUGGCGUUAAUAUGACUGGACAGCAAGAACCACACCCACAAACACAGUCUUCGCCACAACGAAACGCUCAAACUGGGAAUGGGGCAAUCACAAGGCAUCUCUCCACUGAUAGUGUAUCCAGUAUCAACAGUCUGAGCAGCGGGUCAUCAAUGCCUCAUGAUAAGAAGCAUAAGAAAAAGGGAUGGCUACGAUCAUCGUUCACAAAGGCGUUCUCACGGAACGCUAAAAUCUCGAAGACGGCGAAGCAUUCGUCCCUCGGGCAACUGUCGUCCCAAGACAGCUCGUCCGGGUCGCACCACUACGACGACCCCCACACUAUACGAGAAGGCAGCAAUGAAAAUAGCCUGGAACAUUCCCAUGAAGUCCUUGUGGAUAGUAAGGACAAGACAGCGGUACCCGCGGUCAAGCCCGAGGAGCCGACCAAAGAAAAACCAGAAGACUCGGGUUUGGUGGACGAACUAAAAAGACAGUUGAGAGAGAAGGACCUCGUCCUGACUGACAUAAGAUUAGAGGCUCUGAGUUCAGCGCAUCAACUGGAAAGUCUCAAAGAUACCGUCAUCAAAAUGAGAAAUGAAAUGUUGAACCUGAAGCAAAACAACGAGCGCCUCCAACGUUUAGUGACGUCGCGGUCCCUGGCUGGCAGCCAGAGUUCCCUCGGGACUGGCGGGUCGGCUGUCGAAGACCCAAGGAGAUUCAGUCUAGCAGACCAAGCCACUAUGCAUCAGACGACGAUAGACAUUCACUCUCAGCCCUUAGACCUCGACUUCAACUGCAUAACUUCCACUCCGGACUAUAAGAAGAGCUCUCCUACCGCCGGAAUGGAGCCUAUAUACGGUAAUAAAGCCGUAUGCGAACUGAACGAGAAAGGAGAACUACUCGCCUUGAACGGAUCCGCUGAUAUGUUCACUAAUGGACUCAGUGCCACUGAGAGGCUAAGCGGAGACUAUGAUAUCAAUACUGUGUUGCCUCCGCCGAAGACUAGAGAACUAGCGAUUGGGGAGAGCUACUCAGAUAUUGGGGUCGCCGAUAGUCAAGGAGACACGACAGAUGGUAAGAAGAUCGCGAUAGCUGUGUACUUGGGCCAACCAGAGACAUUCCAAAGAUAUUUCGAAGAGGUCCAAGACACGCUUACAGAGUCUGAAGUCAGAUUUUUUGCGAAACAAUCCGCUAGCGCGUUCAACCACUACGAAAAACAACCGAGCUUCGACUCACCUCGAAUAUCACAAAACCACAGUCCAGAGGCAGAGUGCCAGGACUUCCCACAGAUCAAUAAAUCUAACACGAAUAGCCUUAAAAGCAAUAAAUCUACGCACAGUAAUUCAUAUAAGAAUGUGUAUAAUAGUGACUCGACAAUAAACGCCAAUGAAUUCACUAUAGCGUACACGUAUAUUUCUGGCAAGACUACUUGGCAGAACUUAGAUUACAUAGUUAGGAAAACAUUUAAGGAUUAUUUAUCUAGAAUAGACCCGGGAACAAAUCUGGGAUUAAAUACUGAUUCGAUUACGUCGUAUCACUUGGGCGAGGCGACGCGAGGCCCGGAGAUAGGAUUCCCGGAACUGCUCCCGUGCGGAUACAUCAUAGGAACUGUGAACACCCUCUACAUCUGCCUGCAAGGAGUCGGCAGUUUGGCGUUCGACAGCCUUAUACCAAAAAAUAUUGUAUAUAGAUACGUAUCCCUGUUAUCGGAGCACCGGCGCGUGAUUCUCUGCGGGCCGAGUGGCACUGGCAAAUCGUACCUGGCGGCCAAGCUAGCAGAGUUCUACGUGCAGAAGACGCAGAGAAGAGGUGUGCCUGCCGAAGCCGUCGCCACUUUUAAUGUCGAUCGCAAAUCGUGCAAUGAACUGCGAGCUUACCUGGCGAACAUCGCGGAGCAAUGCGGGGCCGCAACCGCUGGUGAAGAAGCAGCGUUACCCUCCGUAGUGGUGCUGGACAACUUGCAGCACGCUUCGGCGCUUGGAGACGCCUUCGCGGGGUUACUGCCGCCUGACAAUAGAAACAUGCCUGUUAUUAUCGGGACAAUGUCUCAAGCAACAUGUAACACAACAAAUUUGCAACUGCACCAUAACUUCAGGUGGCUCUUGACUGCGAAUCACAUGGAACCAGUGAAAGGAUUCUUAGCUAGGUAUCUCCGUCGGAAACUGUUCUCUUUGGAACUACGUCUGGGCAGACGGGAACCGGCGUUAGCAGCAGUACUAGAGUGGCUGCCUGGGGUCUGGUCCACACUCAACUCCUUCCUCGAGGCGCAUUCCUCCAGCGAUGUCACAGUCGGCCCCAGGCUCUUCUUAGCGUGCCCCAUGGACUUGGAGGCCAGUCAGGCGUGGUUCGCGGACGUGUGGAACUACAGUAUCGUGCCGUACGCGUCAGAAGCUGUUCGCGAAGGAGUAGCGUUGUACGGCCGUCGAAGACACGCUGGUUUGGACCCACUGCAACAUGUCAAGUCGUCCUACCCAUGGCGGGAGCCCAAUCAUUCGCACACAUUGAGAGCGAUAACAGUAGAAGAUCUGGACAUGGAAGAGUCGAAUCCCGACUCUGCCAGCAACAACAACCAAGAUCCAUUGUUGAACAUGCUAAUGCGCCUCCAAGAAGCUGCAAACUAUAGUGGAAACCAAAGCCAAGACUCUGAUAAUGCCAGUAUGGACUCGAAUCUCACACAUGACAGCUCUAUGGGGAAUGAGCUAUAAAAUAUUUACUGUCGAGAUUGAACUGGACACAACAGCACUAAAAUCACGGCACCAUCAAUACAUAUAUAUUUCCCAUAAUCAACUGGCGCCGUCUGUAACGUCUAACAUACGUUACGUAACAGUAAAUGGCUUACCCAUCAAAUCAGGUGCUGUAAAUUAUAGAUGAUGCCGUGAAAAUAAAAAUAAAAAAUGUUUCUCCAGAAUUCCGUAGCCGUGUUUUGACCACCUUGUGACCCCAGUGUUUCAUUCUUUUUAUCUUACUGCUUACUUAUUAGUAAAUAAUGAUUGUUUCUUUAUUUUGUGAUUUUAAUCACAAGCUAUCAGUUCUUAAAAUAAAAUAAACAUUUCAGUUUCCUAGUGAAAUGUAUGAUAUUUACUAAGCCAAAUAUUUGCCAUAUGUACGUGGGUUAUUUUAUUUAUUUGUUAAGUGUUAAUAUGAUUUGGGAUCUAUUAUUCAAUUUAGUUGCGCAUCGGUAUGUACUAAUUUAUAAUUAUCAAAAAUGAUAAUUGUUAUAGGUAUAUAACAGUGGCGCGCAUCCCAUGCACACUACGUAUAAUCUUUAUACAAUUUCAACAAUAAAGUUAAGAAGUGGGAUCAACACCACUACUUUACGGAAGGAUUUUUGCUCUGCAAUAUUUGUAAGCUAUGCAAAUAUUAUAAGUGAGAGUAUAAAAACCUACCAUUGUUUAAUUUCAUUUCAAAUUUUUGUAUGUUUUUAACGGAGAUGUUAAAAAUUGGUACACGUAUUCGUGAAUAAAUACUUAAAUUUAAAGACAGUGCCUGGAGCGAAGUAUUUUCCAUUUUUUAUGAAAUUAUUCAGACGGAGUAGGACUGUUAUGUAAUGUUUAUAAAAAGCAUUGUGGCUUUUACUAUUGUUAUAUUUUUUCAAACUUAGGUUACGGACCGCAUUUGUAUUAUGACAUGUAUGUAAAAUAAUAUAUGAAAGUGUAAUUUUUAUACCAUUUUCAUAUAAAAACUCAUGUACCUAAUAAAUAUAUUUAGAUGUAUGUAAAUAAAAUAUGUUUAUAAUUUUUUUUCUAUGCGAUUACACUAACAGCUAUUACGCCAUAAACAGUGUAGCGUUACUUUUGUAUAGAAAAGCGUAACAUUUUGUUACAUGUUUGAUAUGGAUUGACUUGUGUGCAUAACUGAAACGUGAUAUCUACAAUCUAUGCUUUAC